AUGGCACCCCUACAGCGUCGCAGCGCAAAUCUCUCGCUCCAGGGCACUGUAGCAAUCAUCAUUCUUGUUGUUUUGUUCCUUUCUGGCGUCUUCUGCACCGUCAUCUUCUUCAAAAUAUGUAGCAAACAGCGGAGGCGCGAGAGGGCCAUGCGCAGGAUGCAAGAAGAGCGCACGCCAUUUGUUGGCGCCCAGUAUAUCGCACCUGCAGGCGCUCCAAGCAAUGGAGACGAAUCGCCUUAUGCAGGACAGGAAUCUCUACGGACAGAGCUGCACAACAAACACCAAUACGAAUAUACCGGCCCGUCAGAGCUACAAAACGAUCAGCAGAAUACUGGGCCAUUAGAACUGCAAGGAGGCGAAAGACCUCAGCCUUUGCCAGCACAACAGCUGGACGGUUAUGUGGCAGCGCCAACCUUCGAUGACAGCAAACCCAUUGAACUACCCGCGAAUGUAAUGGUGAACGACGCAAACGGAAAAGCCCACACACAGAGUGGCAAAGCGAAACACGAUAUCUGA